ACGGGCUCGGUCAUAUGUUGGGCAAGCUCAAAGGGAACCCGGGCCGCCAGUCAUUUUCGCGAGCUGCCAACUUCGCUUUCAUUGCGCGCCUACUUUUCCGGAGGCAGAGUUCGCGGUGUUUAGCGCGGGCAGCAGUUGCGCAACACGUGAAUUCCAUCUUACUUCCCGUCGCAGAUAAUUUUUCCUUUGUAGGAACGCUCCUGCGACGACUAAACUAUCACGCGUAAGGCGUGAGUGCCUCGCGUGCUUUUCCCCCAAAGCCGACCGACUUCGUCCACUCGCACCACCACCCGACAGCCAUCAAUCGACAAUCGCUCAACAUGUCGUUCGGCUUCGGCAGCGGUGGCUUCGGCCAAAAUAGUAAUACAACAAACACCUUUGGCGGUUUUGGAAGCAACACUGCAAGCACCAAUACAGGCUUUGGAGCUUCUGCUACGCCUGCCUUCGGCUCAACAAGCAAUGCGAGCACGUCCGGCACCGGCCUCUUCGGCGGCGGCGGAGGCGGGUUUGGUUCGAACACCACAGGCGGUUUCGGUUCUGGCGGCUUCGGUAGCAAACCGGCCUUCGGGACACCUGCCACCACUAGCGCCGGAACGGGGUUGUUCGGCAGUAACACGUCCACAACUGCAACGACGGGCGGUGGAUUUGGCAGCGGCGGCUUCGGCACCACAAGCACCACAAGCACACCCUUCGGCGGCGGCGGCGGCACGUCGCUCUUCGGUGGCAGCAAGCCUGCGACGACUGGCUUUGGCGCCGGGACGUCGGCUUUCGGCGGCGGCACUGGCGGUGGCCUUUUCGGUGGCGGCACAACGACUGGCACCACAGGCUUCGGCGCCACGGCAAACCCUGGAAUCGGCACCAACGUGGGCGACCCGCCUGGCACCGCUGUCGUUCCCUUCUCUCCUACAGUGGAGAAGGAAACUAACUCGGCGCAAAGUAACUCUUUCCAAAACAUUCUGUUCAUGGAUGCAUACAAAAAAUGGUCGGCAGACGAGCUGAGGCUGGCGGACUAUAACCAGGGCCGGAAGACUGGCAGCCCCGGCGGCACUGGCGCGUUUGGCAGCUCUGGCUUCGGGACGGGCGGCUUCGGUACCAAUGCAGGCACCACCGGGUUCGGUAGCAACACUGGGGCGGGUAUCUUCGGGAGCACCACGCCAGCAACGGGUGGGUUUGGUACCACCAACACCACCAACACCGCCACCACUGGCGGGUUCGGCUCUGGAGGCGGCGGCCUGUUUGGGAGCAAGCCUGCAACCGGUGGUGGGUUGUUCGGAAGCGGCACCACCAGCCAGCCAGCCCAGACCGGUGGUCUGUUCGGUAGUGCCGGCGGGUUCGGGUCCACCAACACCGGGACAACUGGUGGCUUUGGAUCGAAUACUGCCAGCACAGGAGGCGGUUUGUUUGGGUCCACUAACACAGCGGCACCGAAGCCCACCGGCUUCAGCUUCGGCGGCACUGGCACGGGGACAGGCACGGGUGCCUUCGGCAGUACAUCCACCACGACACCAGCUUUCGGCACGGGCACCGCUACAACGGGCACGGGUGGUGGCUUGUUUGGUAAUACCGGUCAGACUGGCACUACUGGCGGUGGUCUAUUUGGUGGCCAACAACAACAGUCAACAGGUACAGGGUUCGGUAGCAGCACGGGUUUCGGGGCACAGACUCAAAACACCGGGGGUGGCUUGUUCGGUAACCAGCAGCAACAGCAGCAGAAGCCCGGAGGCCUCUUCGGCGGUACUACGACAAACACGGGGACCACCGGCGGACUCUUUGGAAACACGGCUGCCGGGACAUCGACUGGAUUUGGGUCGACGGCUGCUCAGCCCGCGACAGGCGGCGGCCUGUUUGGCAACAAGCCCGCAGGCACUGGUACAGGGCUAUUUGGCGGUAGCACCACUGGUCAAACUGGCACCACCGGCGGCGGCCUCUUCGGCAACCUUGGAAAUAACCAACAAACCCAGGCGCCUCAACAGGGCUCUCUGUUUGGUGGCCUAGGCCAAAACCAGCAAGCUAAGCCCUCCCUCUUCGGCGGUUCGACGACGACGGGUGGUGGCCUUUUCGGCGGCGGGCAGUCUGGUCAGCAGCAGUCCGGCGGACUGUUUGGCGCCAGCAUCAACCAGCAGCAGCAGCCACAGCAAGGCACUUUGGGUGCCUCCCUCUUUGGCGCGUCGCAAGGCCAGCAGGCACCCCAGCAGUCUUUCAGCACGAGCAUCAACGACAUCUCAGCAUAUGGUGCUCAAACGCUAUUUUCUGGCCUGCCGGAUGAGAGGAUCCAGAAUCCAGGUCCGCUCGCGACCCCUCUAUCUGGAACGUCCAAGGCCAAGAGCCGGUCGAUUUUGCCCAUGUACAAGCUCAGCCCUGCCAACGCCUCUCGAUUGAUCACUCCCCAGAAGAGGGGCUACGGCUUCUCCUACAGCGCUUAUGGGUCUCCGGCAAGCCCGUCGAGCGUGUCCAGCACCCCUGGAGGAUUCGGACAGAGUCUCUUGGCCAGCAGCGUCAACCGAGGUCUGAGCAAGAGUAUUUCUACGAGUAACCUGCGGCGCAGCUUGAACGUGGAGGACAGCAUUCUUCAACCCGGCGCUUUCUCCGCUAACUCAAGCAUGCGUCUCCUCGGCAGCGCUAGCAACCACAAGAAGCUGGUUAUCAACAAGGAAAUGCGCAGCGAUCUGUUCACGUCGCCGAACAAAGAGAGACAGGCUCUGGAUGAUGCUAACGGCUCACGGAAGCUGACGAAGCGCGUCAGCUUCGACACCAGCACGGUUGAAAACACCCCUGAUAACCGCCAGGCCGCUCUGGAAAACGGCUCCAGCCCUGACGAGUCGGGCUAUCUCAAGCCGGGCGGACAACCCAGCGCUAACGGCGCGAAUGGCGCCAAGUCAUCUCCUGUCAACGUUACCCCGGAAAUGGAGCAGGUCAAAGGCAACGAACUCGCCGUUGUCCAUGAGGAGGAGUCACAGUCGCCUGCUACCGUACGAGCUGAGAAGAAGCCCGGCUCGAGCAUCGAGGCAGGUGCUUAUUGGAUGUCGCCGACGGCGGAAGAAAUUCGCGCCAUGAACAGGGUCCAACGCCAGAGGGUCUCCAACUUCACUUGCGGACGCGAGAAUGUGGGUAGCGUCACGUUCAAGGUCCCCGUUGACCUCAGCAAUAUCAACCUCGACGAAAUCCUCGAUGGUAUCGUCGUCCUGGAACCCCGCUCCGCUACCGUUUAUCCGAUUGCGGCUAAGAAGCCCCCUGUUGGUAAGGGUCUGAACGUCCCGGCGGUCAUUUCGCUGGAGCACUCGUACCCACGCGGCGGUCUAGCGGCUACUGGCCGGCGCCUCGAGCGGCAUAUUGAGAGACUCAAGACUGCGAUUCCAGAUACGACCUUUGAGAGUUAUGACAGAGAAACUGGUGUAUGGACGUUCUCGGUGGAACAUUUCACGACGUACGGUUUAGGCGAAGAUGACGAUGAGGAGGAAACCGAAGUAGAGCCGGACCAUGCUUCGCCCGCUAUUCUGAGCCCUUCGGUCGCUAAGGACACUGCCUCACCUUCCGACCCUGACGAUACUUUCGAAUUCAAGCGGAGCCGGCGGGCUGUUCCUGGCGCUUUCGAUGAUGCCGCACUGUCGGACAAUGAGGAGGCGGUUUCUGUUACCGCUCAACGCCAGGGUACGCUGUCUCCUGAGUCCCAGGAGGCUGAUGCCCCCUUGCCGUCACGGGAGUGGCCCGAAGAUGAAAGCAUGGCUGACGGACCCGAUGAUUACCAGCUCGAAGCCUUUGAACCGUCUUCUCAGCAGGGAUCUGUCGAAGGACAGGACGACCUCUGGCUGUCCCGUUAUGCCGACAACGACGCGCAGGUCCCCGCUGGAAUCAUGAGGGCACGCAUGCGAGCCUUCAAGAAGUCGACGGCGCCUACGAGAAUCGAGGUGGCGGGUGGUGAUGAUUGGACGCAGAUCUUGCAAGCGAGUGUGCGGGCGCCGAGGACGGUGGAUCGGGCGACAUUGCGCGCGCUCAACGAGUCGGGGGCGGUUUGGGACAUGAAGGAUCGGGGCAACCCUGCGCCUGAGAGAAACGCACCCGUGUCCGAUGGGGCGGGAUUUGCAACAAGUAUCGAUUUGAUGAAGUCGCUUUUCGAGCAAGCAAAGGGCCCGACGGAGCCGGUGCAGGCGUCGCCAGCGAAGGGAUUCGUGAAGUGGCCAUACCAGCAACGUCCCAAGGUUGACACAGAGGAAAGCCCGUCAGUUCCGCGGCCCAACUGGGGUCCCAACGAACUGCUGGUCACCACGCACCAUAACGAACCCAGCCUGCAGCCAAUCGACGGUACUGCUCCUGUCGCGGAGGAGUCGGCAGGAUCGCCCAAGAGUCUCGCCCGUCUGCAACAGUACAUUGACAACGUCUCCGGCAAGGAAACCGCCCAGGCAGGUUCUGCGCCCGAUUUUCGGGAACUUGCCCACGGAGAUCCUUCCUGGGAGCUAGCCUCCCUUCUUUUCGACGACAACGGACAGGGCCUGCCGGGCUACUGGAGGCAGCUGGUGUCUGAGGCCACUGACCGCGCACUUGCACAGGCGACUAGCCUGGAGGAGAAAGCCAUUAUCUGCCUAGCUGGCAACCGUGUGGCCGAUGCCUGCGGCCACCUGCUCGCGGCGGGCGAUUUCCGGCUUGCCACGCUCGUUUCGAGCAUUGGGGUGCAGAACAAGGACAUCAAGGCUCAGCUGAAGGACUGGCGUGAGUCGAAUGUCCUGGCCGAGUUCUCGGAGCCUAUUCGGGCCAUCUACGAGCUCCUGGCUGGCAAUGCGUGCGUAUGCGCGGGCGUCAAGGGCGUUCCUAUUGAGAACCGGGUCGAGUCGUUUACCAUUUCCCAGCGUUUCGACUUGGAUUGGAUGCGGUCAUUCGGUCUCCGUCUUUUCUACACCACGCGAUCCUCCGCUGCGGAGGCAGUUCGCUCGUUCCAGGCCGACGUUGAGCAGGACAAGGAGCCGCAGCCCGACAGCGCUCUGUGGUCGCUGCUCAAGGCAUUUGCCAACCAAGAGUUUGACUGGUCCGACAACCGGCUCGGCUGGCUCAUGACGAAGGCCAUCUAUGCGACCGGCAAGGUCUCCUUCGGGCAGGAUGCGGCCGAGAAGCUCGACAUGGCUUGUGUCUCGUUCGCCUCCGCGUUGACAGUACAGGCCCACUGGGUGCCCGCCACGUUUGUUCUCCUUCAGCUGUCGGACGCGGGCUCGCGCGAGGCUGCCGUGCGCGACCACCUGGGCCGCCACGCGCACCGCAUCGGCUCGCCCCGCAACGCGGCGAGCGCCUUCUCUGCGCUCCGCAAGUUCGGCGUCCCCGAGACGUGGAUCUGGGAGGCUAAGGCCCUCGACUUCCGCUCCCGCGAGGACUCGCAGCAGGAGUUCCUCGCGCUCGUCUGGGCGCGCAACUACGCCGAGGCCAACCAGGCCUUUGUCAACCGGGUCGGCCCGGAUCUGGUCAUCGAGCGCGACUUCAAGCGGCUCUUCCGCUUUGCGCAGCUGCUAUUCAAGGUCAAACGGAAGCUGCCGGACUGGGACCGCGCGGCCGUCGUGUACCUGCUCUAUCCGAUGGCGCGACUGCAGAACAGGCAGCAGGCGCUGGACAAGUUUGAUCACCAGCUGUUCGACGGCCUGGCGGCGCUGCGCGGGCAGACGCACGGUGAUAUCCGGCAGGAGGCAGCGAUUGCGGACAUGGCGGAGGAACUCAUCAAGUGCAGGGGCGGCGACCCCAGGCUGUUCCAGCUGCUGCCUCAGGAUGUGAGGGGCAAGUACAUGCGUGCGCAGGCGUUGGAGAACAUCCACUAGGGUCAAACUGGGAAGCUUCGGUGGUGGACAUCGGGAUGGGGCUGAUAGGAUGUGGAAUGCUGCUUGGUAGGGAAGAUGGAGGACUUGGCCGCGUUGUAUUGUACAAGCGGAAUAUGGCAAAAUGGAAUUGCUCUGCGGGGACAAAGGCGAAGAGAAGUUUAUUUGGUCAGUCCAUGACUGUUGGUAGGGGUAUCAGGCCGUACUUAAUUAUACUUCGGUAGAUCACACUGUAUUCCAUGUAAUCCCUGAGAUUGUUGACUUUUCCUGUAUGU